AUGGAGUCUACACUCUUUUAUCCUCACAGGGACAUCACUGAAAACAUUUGCGGAGACUUGUAUAAGGUUUAUCUUAGGAAUUCCAUUAGACUAGUAAAUAAAUUAACCUCAAAAAUAAUAAAAGCUUGCUCUUUUCCAGCUGGAACCCUGGAGGGUGCAGAAGAGAAGAAGAAGGUCCCUGCUAUGCCAGAAACUCUGAAUAAAAAGCGAAGGAAUUUCGCGGAGCUGAAGAUCAAGCACCUGAGAAAGAAGCUCAUCUUUGAAAAAGCUAAGCACUAUCACAAGGAAUACAGGCAGAUGUACGGAACUGAGAUUCGAAUGGCUCAGAUGGCAAGAACAGCUGGCAACUUCAAUGUACCUGCAGAACCCAAAUUGGCAUUUGUCAUCAAGAUCAGAGGUAUCAAUGGUGUGAGCCCAAAGGUCCGAAAGGGGCUGCAGCUUCUUCGCCUUCACCAGACCUUCAACGGCACCUUUGUUAAGCUCAACAAGGCUUCGAUCAACAUGCUGAGGAUUGUGGAACCAUAUAUUGCAUGGGGGUACCCAAAUCUGAAGUCAGUAAAUGAACUGAUCUACAAGCAUGGUUAUGGCAAAAUCAACAAAAAACGAACUGCCCUGACAGAUAACACAUUGAUUGCUCGAUCUCUUGGUAAAUAUGGCAUCAUCUGCAUGGAGGAUCUGAUUCAUGAGAUUUAUACUGUUGGAAAACGCUUCAAAGAAGGUAACAACUUCCUGUGGCCCUUCAAAUUAUCUUCUCCAGGAGGUGGAAUGAAGAAAAAGACCACCCAUGUUGUAGAAGGUGGAGAUGCUGGUAACAGGGAAGACCAGAUCAACAGGCUUAUUAGGAAAAUGAAUUAA